CACGCGUCUAACUUUACCGUGAAAGUGACGUUCGUCUCGUUCCGCGAGAAUGCCUGCUGCGAGGAAACCACCGAAGAAAGCGUGGACUGAAGUUGCAUCAGACGCACAAGGCCAUCGAGAUACUACUAUAGCUGCCUUGUCUCCAUCAGCGCCAAAAGUGCCCUCCACCCUGCCAAAGAACGUCUUGCACCUGCCCGAGAUUUUACUGGAUCAAUCUGUUUUAUCGAUCACAGCCUUGAUGCCUGAAGAGCUUCUUCGGUCUCUAUCAACUGGUCAAAUAUCAGCGGUGCAAGUCACCACUGCCUACCUGCAUCGCGCUGCUGUGGCUCAAGGCUUGUCAAAUUGUCUGACAGAGCUUCUUCCCUCCUUGUCACUAGACCGUGCCAGAGAGCUCGAUGCUUACUAUGAAGAGCACCAGUGUCCGAUAGGUCCAUUACACGGCCUGCCCAUCAGCUUGAAGGAACACCUGGGCCUACAAGGUCUGCGAUGCACGACUGGCUACAUAUCACAUUGGGACAAUAUUGCCAAAGAGGAUGCACAUAUCAUCCAAGUGCUGCGUGACGCAGGCGCUGUUUUUCAUUGCAGGACGACCGUACCACAAACAAUGAUGCAUCUAGAGACAGACUCCAACCUCUACGGUGUGACAACAAAUCCCUACAACAGCAACUUGACGUCAGGAGGAAGUUCAGGCGGUGAAGGGGCUCUCAUCGCUCUAGGGGGCUCUUGUAUUGGCAUUGGCUCCGACGUCGGUGGUUCAAUUCGAUGCCCGGCUGCCAACUGUGGUGUUUACGGUUUGAAGCCCACCGCCUUCAGGCUACCAACAGAUGGGUGGGGCUAUAUGAUGGCGGCUGCCGACUCGGUUGAGACUGUACUAGGACCUCUAUCAACUUCCCUGCAAGGCCUGAAGAUCUGUAUGAAGACGAUCAUUGACUCAGAACCAUGGCUUGUCGAGCCGGCAUUGAUACCGAUGCCCUGGCGAUCAUACUCCGUUCCCACUGACAGACCAUUGCGGAUAGGAGUGUUAUGGCAUGAUGGAAUUGUAAGGCCACAUCCGCCAAUCACUCGCGCUCUGAAACUCGUCGUGGAUAAACUAAAGGCACACAAAGUCGAGGUCAUCGACUUUGCGCCCUAUCUACAUGAUGAAGCCUGGGCGAUACUGGCCUCACUCUACUAUCCUGACGGCGGAGAAGCCGAUUCAGAAGAUAUCGCCUCAUCCGGCGAGCCCUGGCGACCAUUGUCCCAAUGGAUCAUCAAGGACAAUCCAUGCGUCAAGAAGCUCUCGAUUGGUGAGCUAACGUAUUGGUCCGAAGAGCGCGAGGCAUACCGCAAGGAGUACGCGUCGCAUUGGAACAACCUCCAUGUUGAUGCAUUGCUGUGCCCCGUUGGUCCUGGCGUCGCACCGAAGCACAACACGGCAAGAUACUGGAGCUACACAAGUCAGUGGAACCUGCUCGACUACCCUGGGCUUGUGUUUCCAGUGUGUACUGUCGAUAAAGAACAGGAUAAAUGGACUGGGGACGAGCCGCCAUUGGGUGAGCUUGACAAAGACAAUCGAGAACUCUGGGACCCCGAAGAGUUCCACGGUGCACCUGUUGGUCUGCAGCUUGUAGGCAGAAGAUUCGAGGACGAGAAGAUUGUCGGCAUCCUUGAACACAUCACUGGACUGAUUGGUCUACCGCUCAAGAUGCAUUUCUAAAACGGGGUUCAAGCAAUCCCAGAAGCGCCUAUACCGUGGCCUUUACGUUGCAGAAUAAACGCCGGACUAAGGAUUUAAGCCAAGUACACCAUAUUACAGCGGAGUAGGGAAAAUACUGAAAAACUCUUAUAGAAAUCUUUUUUGCCUACAAUGUAGGUAAUUCUCAACUAGAUUAUAGCAUUUGGUAUUAUAAUGGAGAUAAGUUCUGU